CGGCGGCCGCGGCUCUUCCUUUGGGCCUGCGGAGGGGCCCCGGCUCGGCCCCACGAGCCCGCACGGUGCCGCAGAUGAAGCGCAGAGGCCGGGGAGGUGCGGCCCGGCAGGCCGGAGCGUGCGAUGUCUGGCUGGACACCGCCGAGCGGAAGCAGAGCGCGGCGCAGUCUCUCAUAGCCAAGCCAAAAGUAUCUGGUUGGAUUCUGGAAAGCAGGAAAGCCUUGGCUGGCAUCACACAGACAAGAACCUCUCAGCUGCGCACCAAGCAAACCACCAUCUCCGCCUUCUUCAGCACUCAGACGGACAAAAAAGACAAAGAAAACUGCAGGCCAUACCCAUUCACCCUGAAUAAAGACUGUAAAGGAAAAAGUAUUUGUUUACCUGCCUGCCCUGUGAAGAUCUUGGCUUUGCCACAAGUGGAGGAAGCUCAGAAACAAUCCCUUGAGGCUGAGGAGGAGACAGUGCAGGUCACACCCCAGCAUCGUGCACAGAAAGCAUUGGCUUCCCCGGCUCCUUUGCCAGACCCUUGGGUCUUCCAAGUGGAGUCCCACAGCAAGAGCAAAGCCUUCAGUGGAGUGGGAGAGGAUUGCUGCAUCUUCAGCUUCACCCAGGACACUGAGGGCAACCGGAUCAUUGCUCACAGAAACCAGCCUGAUUUAUUUUCUGGAGAAACAAUUUCAGCGAGUGUUAGUGUAACUUCAGAGUGUGGGAUAAAGAAACAACAGGGCCGUUCCUUCCUGGGGGAGGUAAGGACCAGACUUGAUUUCCAACCAGGACUUGGUGCAAACCACAGUAAGAAUCCACACCAGUCAAGCCAGGUUAAUAUCUUAACUGAUUUCUCUGAGACUGAGACUAUAAAUCCUGCCAUAACACAAGACAGCACUUGGGCUGUUGGCUUUUACUCCUCUCCAAGACGACCAGAUGGAGCACAGCCUCUGCAAGAGUGCAGUCAGAACGCUGGCACUGGCCCAGCCAAGGAUGGACACCAUACUCCCUGCAGGCAACUGUUCACCCAGGACUCAGAAGGGAACAGAGUCAUUGCUCACUGUGGCUGGAAGGUCUCGUCUCCUCACAGGGAUGAGGACAGCUCUCACAGGAAGCUGCUGAGCUACACUGACAGAAGAGAUGCAGCAAAUGCUGUGAAGAGGAUCUUGAGCACAGCAGGGGAACAGCCAUUAGAGGUGUGCUACGAUGUACUGUUCACACAGGAUUCGGAAGGGAACAGAGUGAUUAAACACUGGUAUGGUCCAGCCAGCAUAUGCGGUAGACCCAUGCAGCAGUAGACCCAUGCAGCAGUAGACCCAUGCAGCAGGCAGGACUUUUGUUCUCUGAAAUGUUGCUUUAAUAAAAAUAAAGUUUUGAAGGAGUA